AUGUCCAGUAAAACUACUAAAAUACAUAAUACUUAUGAUAGCAGUAAGAUAUGGUGGGUAACCUUUGGAUUACUUUGUGGAGCUACUCUGGUGACACGAUUUUAUAAAGUAUUAGAACCUGAUCAUGUUUGCUGGGAUGAAACUCAUUUUGGAAAGAUGGCCAGCUGGUACAUCAAUAGGACUUUCUUCUUUGAUGUUCAUCCACCACUGGGAAAGAUGCUCAUUGCAUUAUCUGGUACGCUGACAGGAUAUGAUGGCACAUUCCCAUUUGAAAAACCUGGAGACAAAUAUGAAGAUGCCAAAUAUCAAGGGAUGAGAAUGUUCUGUACAACACUGGGUGCAUUAGUGAUACCUUUGACUUUCCUGACAAUAUGGGAAAUGACAAAAUCACUUGAGUCUACAUUUAUAGGCACUGUCCUAUUGUUGUGUGAUGUUGGAUUUCUGACCCUCAACAGAUAUAUUCUGUUAGAUCCCAUACUAUUAUUUUUUAUGAGUUGUUCAAUAUAUGGUGCAUUUAAGGUCAGAACAUUGACAGAUGAAGGUCUACAGCCAUUCUCAACUCGGAUGCUUGCUUGGCAGGUGUUUCUAGGAGCAUCUCUUGCUUGCACUGUGUCUGUCAAGUUUGUUGGACUAUUUAUAGUCAUAUUUGUUGGACUCAGAACUAUAGCAGACCUGUGGAAUGUGCUUGGUGAUUUAGAAAAACCUGUUAGCCAUACAAUAAAACAUUUGCUUGGCAGGACUGUGACUUUGAUUGUUUGGCCAAUGAUACUCUAUGUUUUCUUUUUCUGGAUACAUCUAACUGUCCUCAAUAAAAGUGGUAAUGGUGAUGGUUUCUAUUCUUCCGGUUUCCAAGCGCGUUUGGAAGGCAAUAGUUUGCAUAACGCAAGUGCCCCAAGAGUGCUAGCAUAUGGAGCCCAGAUCACUUUAAAAAACCACCGCACUGGCGGAGGGUACCUGCAUUCACAUCACCACCUCUACCCGGCUGGGAUAGGUGCCAGGCAGCAACAGGUUACGACGUACACUCACAAAGACGACAACAACCGAUGGAUGGUGAAGCCGUUUGACCGUGACACGGUAUCAGGGGUAGUAAUCGUGCGCAGUGGAGACUUGAUACGGCUUACGCAUGCUGCCACCGGACGCAACUUACAUUCACACCGCGAGAGGGCGCCACUCACUACUAAGUAUAUGCAAGUUACCGGCUACGGCGAGGAUGGAAUUGGAGAUGCAAAUGACGUAUGGAAAAUUGUAAUAACUGGAGGAAAAGAUGGCGAUGAAGUACACACAGUGAAAAGCAAACUAAUGCUUGUUCAUUAUUUACAGGCAUGUGCCCUCACUACGUCUGGGAAACAGCUUCCAAAAUGGGGCUAUGAGCAACAAGAAGUAGCUUGCAAUCCAAACAUAAGGGACAAGAACGCUGUGUGGAACGUCGAAGACAAUGUGUUUGAUGAUUUACCGAAAGUGAGUUUUGAAGCGUAUGCGUCUGGCUUUGUUGAGCGGUUUUUUGAGUCGCACGCCGUAAUGUUUCAAGGGAACGCCGGACUUAAACCUAAAGAGGGUGAAGUAACGUCACAACCAUGGCAAUGGCCUAUAAACUACAGGGGUCAGUUCUUCUCUGGCAGCGCACAUAGAAUUUACCUACUGGGCAACCCUGUAGUCUGGUGGACUAAUUUGGCCUUUCUCGUCGUCUUUUUCGUGGUCUUUGUCAUCAAUUCCAUCCGAAAGAAGAGAGCAGAAGCAUUUAGUAUAGAAAUACCAAAUGGCAAAGAAAAUGAGCUGCUGAAUGCAGCCAGCUGGAACUUCGUGGGUUGGGCACUACACUAUAUACCUUUCUGGGCCAUGGGCCGUGUUCUCUACUUCCACCACUACUUUCCAGCGCUCGUAUUUAGCUCCAUGCUCACUGGUAUCCUAACGGAAUACUUGCUAAGGAGCGUCAGUAGUUUUCUUAGUCGGGAACUGGGAAAAACCGUGUAUCACUGCACAAUCGGCAUUAUUAUAUCCACCACUAUUUACAGUUUCUAUUUGUUCUCCCCACUGGCAUAUGGCAUGAGCGGCCCUCUUGCUCACGAAGCUAACUCCACUAUGACAGGACUGAAAUGGCUAGACUCCUGGGAAUUUUAA